UUCCCCUCCUCUAUUUCUUUCAUCGUCCCAGCUCUCUCAAAAUUCCAACUUGGAGAAAGCCUGAGAGAGAGAGAGAUGAACGCGGGAGAAGGGUUGCUGUUGCCUUUCAAUGAAGGCUAUGGCCAGGAAGUGGCGCCAACCCAGCUUCUCUCGUUUCCGGAGGACGAGGACUUCCACACCAGCUUCUUCGCUAGUGCUGUCCCCCACUUGGACAACCUGGUGGAGACGUCUUCUCUAUCCGAGUAUGACCUUGGAGGAGAAGGAGAUCUAUUCAAAGCUCCAGAGCUCAUCUUAGAGGAACAAGUACUUGUGUUGGAUCCCGAUACAGCUGCUAUGUCCAUGAUAUAUAGUAAUGGGAAUCUCAUCAUUCCAGAAGCAAAUAAAGUCACACCCAUGGAAUCAAUUCAAAAUGAGGAUUUACUGAGUGAGGUGUUCUAUGAGUGCAGAAACGACCUUCUAGCCAAGUCUGCUAUCAUAGAACCAUAUCCUGAGGCUUCAGAUGUUAAGAUUCCUGCAUUUCAACCAGAGAUGGAUCGAGGUGUCGAGGAAAAUAAGUUAGUCAUGGAGGGGCCACUACAGAAGAUUGAUAGCUUUCAAUGUCUAAGCUCAGUAGACUACAUAAAUGGCUGCAUUAUGAGACCAAGCUUUUUGGAAUUUCGAGGGAUGAAUCUUGAGGCAGCAUUUGGGAUAAGAAGAGCUUACAGUGAAGGAGAUAUUCAGCACUCAUCAACCAUUGAUGAUGUCAAGAUUGAAGAACGGAGGCAAAAGCUUUCCAGGUACAGGAAUAAGAGAACCAAAAGAAAUUUUGGCAAAAAGAUCAAGAUUGACAGGUAUUAAUUUUCAAUAAGCUCUCAGUAUGCCUGCAGGAAGGCUUUAGCAGACAGUCAACCCCGCGUGCGUGGAAGAUUUGCAAAGACCGAGGGAAGUGAGAUUGCAAACCUCCCUAGCAAAAUGUAGAUGGUUGGCUAGAAAAUAUGUUAAGAGUUGGUAAAUUGCCUGCCAUGCACCCCUCGUCCAUAGGGAGGUGGGCCUUUGAAAGGACCAAGUUUGGACAAGCUCUCUCUGAGUUUAUAGAAUAGAUUAGAUCCCUUGUUCGGUUGAUCUCCUGCAGGUAAUAAUGGCCUUUCUUGACAUCACGAUGUCAGUGCUGUUAAAAGUUUGAAUAAAAUCAAUCUAUAAUUCUUAUAUUAAGCUAUA